AUGGAACCUUGGGUGAUUCCGGUUAUUAUAUUCUCUGUAUUUUUAUGUAUGAUGCUUCUGUUUGCUGCUCUUAGUCGAUGUGCUUCCGUAGGGAGUAGUAAUAUUGGCGGUGGCGGUGCUGCUGCUGGUCAUCAUCGCUUUGGCGAAGAUCAUGUAAACAUAGAUAUUGGUGGUUCUGGUGAUGCAGGGUAUAGCAGUUGGGGGGGAGGUUUUGACGCUGGAGGAGGUGGCGGUGGUGGUGGUGGUGGUGGAGGAGGUUGCCAUAGUGGUGGUGGUGGCUGUGGUGGUGGAGGAGGAGGAUUCAGUAUCGGCGGAAUGGCAGUAGAUACUUCGACCAUAGUGGUGGCAAUAUCAACAGAGAAGGAUGAUGGUGGUUAUCAUGUAGGUGGUGGAGGAAUUGCAAGUGGUCGUUAG